AUGCACAUUGGUCCAGGUCUGUGCAAUCGUUGCAGCGCAUGAAGCAAGAGCUGGGAGGAGGAGGAGGAGGAGCUCUGAUGGGAGGUGGGACACAACCCAGAGACAGAUGCACUGAAUCCUUGCCUUUGGGAGGAGAAUCCCCUUCUUGCACUUGGCACAACACAGGCCUCCACCUGUGAGGCUCCUCCAUCCAAAAAGGCCUGUCUGCCUGCAAAAGGAAGGAAGGAAGGAAGGAAGGAAGGAAGGAAGGAAGGAAGGAAGGAAGGAAGGAAGGAAGGAAGGAAGGAAGGAAGGAAGGAAGGCCUUAUUCCCUUCUUUGCUGAGGCUCCUCUUGGCUGGGGAAAAGCUUGCGGAGAUGCUCGGCUGACAGGAGGAUGGAGGACAGGAUGCAAUCUCAGUCACGGUCUACAUAGAGCCCAGCUGGUCGGGAAAAGAGCGCACAUGGAAGGCAAGGCAAGGCCCAGGAGGAAGCCUAUGGGUUUAACGUGGAUUCUCCAGAAUUAAAUUGCAAAAUAUUGAAAGAAGAAGCGGAGUUGCGCCCUGAGGAUUUUGCAAUCCCACCAUGAGCGAGGAGCUCAAUGUCCCGGCGGAGCCGCCUGCAUCUGCCUGCUGUGCGGAGCCGGCCGCCAAAGGCAUGGACUAUCGGGACUGGGUCCGACGCAGCUACCUGGAGCUGGUGACCUCCAACCAUCAUUCAGUCCAGGCCCUGUCCUGGCGCAAGCUGUAUCUCAGCCGUGCCAAACUCAAGGCCUCCAGCCGCACCUCCGCCCUGCUCUCCGGAUUCGCCAUGGUGGCCAUGGUGGAGGUGCAGCUGGAGAUGCAGUACCAGUACCCACCUUUGCUGCUGAUCGCUUUCAGCGCCUGCACCACAAUCCUGGUGGCAGUCCACCUCUUCGCCCUCCUGAUCAGCACCUGCAUCUUGCCCAACGUGGAGGCGGUCAGCAACAUCCACAACCUGAACUCCAUCAGUGAGUCCCCCCACGAGCGCAUGCACCCGUACAUCGAGCUGGCCUGGGGCUUCUCCACUGUUCUGGGCAUCCUCCUCUUCCUGGCUGAGGUGGUGCUGCUCUGCUGGAUCAAGUUCCUGCCCGUCGACGCCGUGGUGCCGAGCAGCAGCAGCAAUGACACCGUCUCCGUUCAACAGGCUGGGCAGCACACUGGGUGGCAGGCCGCCCUCAUCUCCACCAUCAUAAUGGUACCGGUGGGCAUCAUCUUUGUCGUCUUCACCAUCCACUUCUACCGGUCCCUUGUCCGGCACAAAACGGAGCGCCACAACCGGGAGAUUGAGGAGCUGCACAAGUUGAAGGUGCAGCUGGAUGGCCAUGACAGGGGACUGCAGGUUGUGUGAGUGGCCGCUGCAGGCACAUGUGUCCACAUACUUGCUUGGCCAUGCUGUUUCUGAAGUGUGUCUCCAUGCACUCGCUCAGCUGAGACUCUUCCGAAGUGUGCCUGUGUACUCGCUUGGCCAAGCCUUUUUCGAAGUGUGCCCCGCGCACUCACUCGGCCGAGGCUUUUCCAAAAUGUGUGUCCAUGCACUCACUUGGCCAAGUGUUUUUCAAAGUGUGUCCACGCACUUGCUCAGCCAAGGCUUUUCCGAAGUGUGUGUCUGCGCACUCGCUCGGCCAAGAACGAGACACAGACGGCAGCUCUUUCCUACUCGCCAGUGUUCAGCGGUCUAGGCAGCCUCUUUCUCAGUUCGUCUUCAUUGGUGGACAAUAUUUGUGGAAGAUUUUGCCUCUCUCCGUAUGAUCAUUUAAAGAUGAGCUUAGAGUAGAUCAUUUAAAAAUGAGCACAAGACCCAAUGUAUGGGUCUUGUGGUUGAAACAAAGGGUGGGUAUAUGUCACGAACUGCUGAUCCCUAGGAUGAAGCCUACUCAUGUCCAGGGCCUGAAAUAGAUUGCUUCAUUCUCGAUCAUUACAGUUACUUCUGAGCCUUUGGCGCAAAAAGCAUGACUGCGUCCUCAAGCAAAGUUGCUGCUCCUUCUCAUCCUGGUCCCCCUUUGUUUGUUACUGAGUCACUAAGUCCUCUGCUUUAGAGCUAUCUACAUAACAACGCCUCAAAUGCUAUGGCUUCCUCUCCUUUCUCAGCCUUGUUGUCUCGGAGAGAACCAUGACAUUAUGCUCCUAUGUGGUGGGAAUAUCCAAAGGUAACAACAGCCUUUGGGGGCAAAAAUAUUGAAGAAAAUGGGGAAAAAACUAUUUAAAUUAUCACUUCGAGUGAACAUGGAUUUGAUGCUAAUGGUCGUUUUAGGUAACAACAAAGUAAAAUGUCAGGAAUGAUUUAAAGAGAUGAUUUUAUCAGGACAGGCAAGUAGCAGCAUAACAUUGGAAAGAUGGCAAAACAUGGAUGAUGGUAAGCUGGAAUCACUAACCUAAGUACAAUCUGAUAUUAGAGCAUGUCUAGCUCAGGAGUGAAUAUUAUGCAGAAAUUAAGAAAAUUGUGCUCAUGGAUGUAUAGAAGUCAUCGGUCCGGGCAAUGGCUGGAGGGAAUCAGAAAAUUUUUAAUAAUAAAAAAUUAAUAAACAUUUGUAUUAAUAAACAUAAUAAAAGAACAAGGAGAGAUAGUUGAUAGCCCUUUCCUACUUGCUAGCAUCCGAUGGAAGUCUCGACAGCUUUUCUCUGAUCUGAUUUUUAUCUAUGGACACAUUGCCAUUUGUGAAAACCUUCCUCUCUGUUCAAAUGUGAACUUUAUUCUCGCAAUUUCUAAGUAAUGCUGAAGGAGUAUGUUUUGGUUGCGACUGGUUGUAUUGUUAUUUAGCUAUCUGAGCCAAGGCGUUCUUCUUCUUGUCCAUGUCGGUUCGGCUGAUUUCUUUGUUUCUGCAUUUCAUUCGGCCUCUGUUUGUUUGAGUAUUUAUCAUUGAGAGACAAAAAUAAUUUACUUGUUCUGUGCAAUGGGGAGCCUUUGGGAGGACGAGAAGCAAUCCAUGCAAAGGACUUUUAAAAAGACCAAUGUUGUAUUUCACAUGCAAAGGAACACGAUAGAAAGGACGACGUAGCCAAAUUGUAUGCAUGGUUCUAGCUGGGAAAUGUAAAAACUAGAGUAAGGGCACAUCGUGUACUCGGAAAGCAAAACGAAAGGAUUUGUUACAACACAUAAGUUUAUUACACUGUCAAAUAUUCAAACAACCACUUGUGUGCGAGUGGAAAUACACAUACGUGUAUAAGGUCACAUGAGACAGGAUGAGAAAUGCUUUGGACACUGAUCCCGUUGUGACAUCGACAGGUACAAGGUCAGCCGUUCUCAAAAACGGCUGACCUUGUACCUGUCGAUGUCACACUAUGUAAUGGAAUUUGAAAUAAUGUUCUGUUCCACGUCUGAAAGUAUUAUUUCCUGUUUAAUUGUGCAGAACUUAAUUCGAAAGUAGUUGUUCUACUCCAAUAACUUUGUUUUCGAGGCUGCCAUAAACUAGGUUGAAUUGAAAAACUAGUGCAAAGUGUGCUAUAACGGGACGAUGUCCCUCCUGGAGAAACAAAAGUUUUGGCAGUUUAAUCAACUUUCCCCAUGUUUUUAUGACAGAACUCAUUAGGAAAUGGCAUUUAUAACCCAGGAACAAAAGCUGUGUCACAUCAUGUUAUUGCCAGAGUUGCAAAUAGGAGAAAGCAGCACUUAACCUUGCGGUUAAAAUCCUUAAAUUAUUAAUCUUUAUAGAGGUAA